CCCCACGCAAGUCUGGCAGCUUCUCGGCUCGCGCUGCUGCAGCGGCCCCGGGAGAGUCCCCGUGCUCAGACACAUCAGCGCAAAAUUAACCCCCAGCCUGUGCCCGCUCCAGCUUCCCCAUCCCACACACUCCGAGCGGGCUCGCCAGCUCGCGAGCGUCGAGCCGAAACGCGUCCGCGCCCCAGGAUCCCCGUGCUCCCUUCCCCGCAGCCUGUCCCCGAGCGGAGCAAACAAUCGGCAGCGUCUUUGAUGAACUUCACUUCUACUGCUUUCAGGAUUUGCAUGAAAAGAGAGCUGUAUAAAACUGAGAAACAAGCAGCACCAAAUCAGUCCCAGGCAGAGAUGGCCAAGCUCACUUUGCUCACCGGUCUGGCACUCCUGCUGAACGCCCAGACAGGCACUGCCUACGUGCUGUCAUGUUACUUCACCAACUGGGCCCAGUAUAGGCCUGGCCUGGGAAGCUACAAGCCUGAGAACAUUGACCCCUGCCUGUGCAAUCAUCUGAUCUACGCCUUCGCUGGCAUGUCCAACAAUGAGAUCACGACCACUGAAUGGAAUGAUGUGACCCUUUACAAAUCCUUCAAUGGCUUGAAAAAACAGAAUGGAAAUCUGAAGACCCUCCUGGCUAUCGGAGGAUGGAAUUUCGGAACAGCCAAGUUCUCAGCAAUGGUUUCCACUGCUGAGAACCGCCAGACCUUCAUCAAAUCAGUCAUCAAAUUCCUGCGCCAGUAUGAGUUCGAUGGGCUAGACAUUGACUGGGAAUACCCUGGGUCUAGAGGCAGCCCAGCUGAGGACAAGGCUCUCUUUACUGUUCUUGUGAAGGAAAUGCUGGCAGCCUUUGAGCAGGAAGCUAAAGAGGUUAACAAGCCCAGGCUCCUCAUCACCGCUGCUGUUGCUGCAGGACUUUCCAACAUUGAGUCUGGCUACCAGAUUGCUGAGCUUGGAAACUACCUGGACUACUUCCAUGUGAUGACAUAUGACUUCCAUGGUUCAUGGGCUGGACAAACUGGAGAGAACAGCCCUCUGUACACAGGCUCAGCUGACAGUGGCAGCAACAGUUACCUCAGUGUCGAUUAUGCUAUGAACUAUUGGAAGAGCAAUGGUGCCCCAGCUGAGAAGCUCCUUGUUGGAUUCCCAACCUAUGGACACAACUUUGACCUCCAAAACCCAUCUGACACUGCUGUUGGGGCACCAACAUCAGGACCUGGGCCUGCUGGAACUUACACAAGAGAGGCUGGCACCUUGGCUUACUACGAGAUCUGCACGUUCCUGGACUCCAGAGCCACCCAGGCUUGGGAUACCCCUCAGGAUGUGCCCUAUGCCUACAAGGACAGCACAUGGGUGGGCUAUGACAACAUCAAGAGCUUCAACAUCAAGGCUGACUGGCUGAAGAGCAACAACUAUGGCGGUGCUAUGGUAUGGUCCCUUGCUAUGGACGACUUCACUGGCUCUUUCUGCAAACAGGGGAAAUAUCCGCUGAUCUCCACCCUGAAGGCGGCUCUUGGCCUGCAAAGCGACAGCUGUGCUGCCUCUUCUCAAUCCAGUUCAGCAAUCCCUGAGGCUCCUAGCUCUGGAAGUGGGAGUGCAAGUGGGAGCGGGAGCUCAGGUAGUGGCUCCACUGCAAGCGGCUUCUGUGCUGGCAAGGCCAACGGCAUCUAUGCAGAUCCAUCCAGCAAGAGAAGCUUCUACAACUGCAGUGACGGUGAAACCUACCGGGAUAGCUGCCAGGCUGACCUCGUCUUUGAUGCCAGCUGCUCCUGCUGCAACUGGCCAUGAAGAUAUGAGUUCUGGAACAGCAAACAGUCCCCUCUAACCUAAUCACAAGGAAAAUUAAUGAUGAAAUAAAGUGUUCUCCAACAGCAACAA